AUGGCACGACGCAGGUACAGGCUGUUUAUGAUAUGCGCGGUCGUCAUCCUCUUCCUCCUCUACCGGGUCUCGCAGAACACAUGGGACGACUCCGCGCACUAUACCAGCCUUCGCCACCCUCCUGCCUCGAAUCCGCCAGCCGCAGGAGGAGAGGUCCCUCUCAAGCCCGCCGCGAAACCUGAGCACGAGUAUACACCCGAAGCCAAGCCAAAGCCCCAGUCCGAGCCCGAGCCCGAGUCGAAACCAGCGCCGGAGCAUGCUGCUGGUGGCCAGAAGGCGCAGGCCAAGCCCAGCUACGACGACGAAGAAGAGACCGGCAAGAAUCCGCCCAAGGAUGCUGUGAUCCCCGAAGACAACCGGCUGCCGCCUGACACCCGAGUGCAUUGGAGGCCUCAGAAGGAGCACUUCCCCGUGCCGUCCGAAUCCGUCAUUAGCCUGCCUACUGGGAAGCCGCUCAAGGUUCCCCGCGUCCAGCACGAGUUUGGCGUUGAAUCGCCAGAAGCCAAAUCCAGACGAGUCACCAGACAAGAGCGCGUUGCCAAGGAGAUUGAGCGGGCAUGGUCAGGCUACAAGAAGUUUGCUUGGAUGCAUGACGAGCUGUCGCCCGUCUCUGCCAAGCAUCGCGACCCCUUUUGCGGAUGGGCUGCCACCUUGGUGGAUUCCCUCGACACUCUGUGGAUUGCGGGGCUCAGGGAAGAGUUCGACGAAGCGGCCAGGGCCGUUGAGCAGAUCGACUUCACUACGACUCCUCGCAACAACAUCCCCGUCUUCGAAACGACCAUCAGAUAUCUAGGUGGCCUGCUCGGCGCCUUCGACGUGAGUGGUGGCCAUGAUGGUGGCUAUCCCAUACUCCUGGAAAAGGCUGUUGAGCUUGCCGAGAUCCUCAUGGGCAUCUUCGACACGCCAAACCGGAUGCCCCUUCUGUACUAUCAAUGGCAGCCAGAAUACGCAUCCCAGCCUCAUCGCGCCGGCUCUGUUGGUAUAGCAGAGCUCGGUACGCUUUCCAUGGAGUUUACACGCCUCGCCCAGCUCACCAGCGAAUACAAGUACUACGAUGCCGUGGAUCGCAUUACCGAUGCCCUGGUCGAGCUCCAAAAGCAAGGUACUUCCAUUCCCGGUCUGUUUCCCGAGAGUCUGGAUGCCUCUGGGUGCAACCAUACCGCAACAGCUCUCCGCAGCUCAUUGAGCCAGGCAGCGCAGAAGCAGAUGGACGACGAUCUAUCCAAGAAGCCCGAAAAUUAUAUCCCCGGAAAGGGCACCAAGACAGGGCCGCAAACCGUCGAGAAGCAACCUGCAGAGAAGCAGAACGUGAGCGCAAGUGAGAAUGAGCCCGUGGAGAAGGCCAAGCAGGUGCCACCCCAGCAGACAGCCAAGCGAGGAGCUCCCCCCUUUGGGGCUGAUGGCUUCACGGCCAAUUGGGAUUGCGUUCCCCAGGGCCUGGUAGUGAGCGGAUACGGAUUUCAGCAAUAUCACAUGGGAGGUGGCCAAGAUUCGGCGUACGAAUACUUCCCGAAGGAGUACCUACUUCUCGGGGGUCUGGAGUCCAAGUAUCAGAAGCUGUACGUGGACGCUGUCGAAGCGAUCAACGAGUGGCUCCUCUAUAGGCCUAUGACUGAUGGUGACUGGGAUAUUCUCUUCCCCGCCAAGGUCAGCACAUCGGGAAACCCAUCGCAAGAUCUCGUGGCAACCUUUGAAGUGACGCAUCUGACCUGCUUCAUCGGCGGCAUGUACGGCUUGGGCGGCAAGAUCUUUGGUCGAGAAAAGGAUCUUGAAACGGCCAAGAGGCUGACAGACGGCUGUGUCUGGGCCUACCAGUCCACCGUGUCUGGUAUCAUGCCGGAAGGCUCCCAGGUUAUGGCCUGCCCAACGCUGGAGAAGUGCGAGUUCAACGAAACCCUUUGGUGGGAGAAGCUGGAUGGGGCAAAGGACUGGAGAGACAAGCAGGUGGCCGACGACAAGGACAAAGCGGCGGCCGGCGAAGCCCUUAAGGAAACUGCUAGUAACCAUGAAGCUGCCGGAGGCUCCAAAGCCAUUCACAAGAGAGCCGCGGUCCUGCCGCCAAAGUCUGGAGCUGACGAGAAUGUUGGUUCAGAGCUACCGCAGUCGCUCAAGGAUAAGAUUGGCUUCAAGAAUGACGAGCAGAAGAAGCCGACAGAAAGCAGCGUCGGCAUCCAACGAGACCCCGAUGCGCCCGUUGACUCGGUACUGGAAGCCCACCGGCUGCCCCCUCAGGAGCCUGAAGAGCAGCAAAUCGUUCUCCCCGAAAAGCCUCAGUCACAUGAAGAGUUUGUGAAGCAAAGAAUUGCCGAUAUGGGUCUUGCCCCUGGUGUUGUUCACAUUUCAUCGAGGCAGUACAUCCUCCGACCCGAGGCUAUUGAGUCGGUAUGGUACAUGUACCGCAUCACAGGCGACCCGAUUUGGAUGGAGAAAGGCUGGAAAAUGUUCGAGGCCACGAUCCGUGCUACCCGGACGGAGAUCGCCAACAGUGCCAUCGACGACGUCAACAGCGACGAGCCCGGGCUCAAGGACGAGAUGGAGAGCUUCUGGCUCGCCGAGACGCUCAAGUACUACUACUUGCUCUUCUCGGAGCCGAGCGUCAUCAGCUUGGACGAGUGGGUGCUCAACACCGAGGCUCAUCCCUUCAAGAGGCCCGGUGGCAGUGUUAUUGGACAUAGUAUAUAA